AUGAAGUUUCGCGAUGGCAUGUGGUUCGUGAAAGAGGGUAUGAAAGUGGAGUAUGCCACCGAGGUGUCGACCGAGAAUACCGAGAUCAGGAAUAACGGUAGGACCGUUCAUCUUCUCUGUCCCACGCGGCAAGUGCGCAAUCGCAUGGAGGCUAUCGAUGUGUCGGCUUUGACCCUCGACAUCUCUGCUUCAUCACCCGGUAUUAUCGCCAUCGAAGCUACUCAUUGGGCCGGAGCCCAGGACCUCGGACCACACUUUGACCUGUAUCCCCACGGACAGCCCGAGGUCAUCCCAUCUAUUGACCAUGGCGACCACCACGUCACAAUAUGCUCUGGCGACCUGAGCUGUAAAGUCAACACUGCACCGAAUGGCUUCGGCAUCCAGUUUUUCAGCCAAGGACGCGACGAGCAAUUGACCAGCUUCGACUUCCGCUCCCUCGGCUUUGCAUACUCCAAUCCGCCUACCCAAACACGCACACUUGCGCACUCGCUAGAUCACAUCGGGCGAUUCAUGCUUGCACAACUCGCUUUAGGAGUUGGCGAGAAGGUCUAUGGGUUCGGGGAACAAUUCACGGAAUUCAUCAAGAACGGCCAGCGGGUACGCAUCUUCAAUGAGAAUGGCGGUACCAGCUCCGAGCAGGCCUACAAGGCCGUGCCCUUCUAUCUCACGAACCGUGGAUACGGUGUUUUUGUUGAUCAUAGCGAGCUGGUGGAUUUUGAAGUCGGGAGCGAGCGCAGUGCACGCUGCCAAUUCAGUGUCGAGGGUCAAAGGUUGAAAUUCUACAUCAUCAACGGACCGAGUCCGAAGGAUAUCUUCGCGAGAUACACGACCUUAACGGGAAGGCCUCCGUUACCGCCGGCGUGGAGUUUCGGGCUGUGGUUGUCGACCAGCUUUACCACGAACUGGACUGAGAAGUCAAUCCACGAAUUCUUGACCAAGAUGGAACAAGUGGACUGUCCUGUACAUGUUCUCCACAUCGACUCCUUCUGGAUGCGGCGCUUCCGUUUCUGCGACUUUACCUUCAAUCCGGCCAUCUGCGCCUCCCCUAAGAAGAUGCUCGCCGACCUAAAGUCCCGCUUCAAUGUGCACAUCUGCGUCUGGAUCAACGCCUAUAUCGCGCAAGAGUCGCCCCUUUUCGCAGAGGCCGCUUCUGCAGGCUAUCUCAUCCGCCGCCGGUCCGGCGACAUUUGGCAGUGGGACUAUUGGCAACCUGGUAUGGGUAUCGUCGACUUUACCAACACGGCCGCUUGUGCCUGGUACGCCUCGCACCUACACGCCCUGGUUGACCUGGGUGUCGACUCCUUCAAGACCGACUUCGGAGAGGAUGUGCCCUGGGUAGAUGCUGUGUUUCACGACGGUUCCGACCCCAAGAAGAUGCAUUCCUACUUUGCGACAUUGUACAAUCGUACCGUCUUCGGAGUCUUGAAGGAACGGUUCGGCGAGGGGAAAGCCUGCGUUUUUGCCCGGUCCGCUACCGCUGGGGGCCAGACUCUUCCCGUCCACUGGUCUGGCGAUAGCGAGUCUACCUCGGUUGCUAUGGCCGAAACGCUACGCGGUGGUCUCUCGCUCGCGACCUCGGGCUUCGGCUACUGGUCUCACGACAUUGGCGGUUUCGAAGGUCUUCCGCCUGCGAACUUGUACAAGCGCUGGGUCGCCUUCGGCCUGCUGUCCACUCAUUCCCGCCUACAUGGCUCGGAAACGUAUCGAGUGCCGUGGCAUUACGACGAAGAGGCGAACGCGGUGCUGGGCGCCUUUACAAGAUUGAAAUGUCGCUUGAUGCCCUACUUGUACGCGAUGGCGGUCGACAAUGCGAAGAGCGGUGUGCCAAUACUGCGGCCUACGUUCGUUGACUUUGAGCAGGACCCGGUGGCGUGGUUCUUGGACAGGCAGUAUCUUUUAGGCGGAGAUCUUUUGGUGGCACCGGUGUUUGAAGAGAAUGGCAAAGUCCAAUAUUAUCUCCCGAAAGGGCGGUGGACGCGGUGGUUCGAUACCGAGGAUGGAGGGAUGGCGGGAGAAACUGUGCAAGGGCCGAUCUGGUUGUCGGAAAGAUACGGUUUCAUGGGCCUGCCGCUUUUCGUAAAAGAAGGGACGAUACUGGUUCUGGGAAAAGAAGGGGAAAGCAGAGUGGAGUAUGAUUACCUGGCUGAGCUAGAGAUUCGAUUGUACCAUGUAGGGGACAAGGCGGAGCGAAUACUGGUAGACAUAGACGGGAAAGAGAUGGGAAGGAUAACUGUCGAUAGGGGAAAGAUUGAGGUACCAGAGGUGGUAAAGUCGUGUACAGUGGUAGAUCAGGACGGGAAGAUAUGGUUA